GGCUCAAGGGUCAUACAAGAUGGCGGCGCCCAGGAGCUGCUAACGCAUGGAGGGGAGGAUGUCCCUGGCUGCGCUCGCUGCUUGGGCUCGGCUGGGGCGGCGGCCGAGCUGGCCGGGACUGGGGCGAGGGCACUGGACCGCAGCCCAGGGCUCGCGGAGCCGGCGCGAGGCGGCGGAAGCUGAGGCAGACAAGCCAGUAUUCCAGUAUGUGGGCGAGCAUGCCGCACGCGUCAGCCGCAUUUUCGUGUGGGGCUUCACUUUCUCGGGGGCGCUGGGCAUACCCACAUUCGUGUUGCCUGGCUCCGGGCCCAAGUCUCGCGCCGGCUCGCGGUCGUACCGCAGGAUCCAAAUCGUGCCCUACCGCCUGGAGCUGGACGAAAAGAUUUCAUCUGCUGCCUGUGGUUAUGGAUUCACGUUGCUGUCCUCUAAAACCAAGGAUGUUACAAAAGUUUGGGGAAUGGGACUCAACAAAGACUCUCAGCUUGGAUUUCAAAGGAGCCGGAAAGAUAAAACUAGGGGCUACGAGUAUGUUUUGGAGCCCUCACCCAUCCCACUGCCUCUGGACAGACCUCAGGAGACACGAGUUCUGCAGGUUUCCUGUGGCAGAGCACACUCCCUCGUCCUGACAGACAGCGAGGGAGUCUUCAGUAUGGGAAAUAAUUCUUAUGGGCAGUGUGGAAGAAAGGUGGUCGAAGAUGAAAUUUAUAGUGAAAGUCAUAAAAUCCAUAGAAUGCAGGACUUCGAUGGACAGGUUGUCCAGGUCGCUUGUGGUCAGGAUCAUAGUCUGUUCCUAACAGAUAAGGGAGAAGUGUAUUCUUGCGGAUGGGGUGCUGAUGGGCAGACAGGUCUGGGUCACUACAAUAUCACCAGUGUGCCCACGAAGCUCAGGGGAGACCUUGUGGGGGUGAACGUUGUCCAGGUCGCCACCUAUGGUGAUUGCUGCCUGGCCGUGUCUGCUGAUGGAGGCCUCUUCGGUUGGGGAAACUCUGAGUACCGGCAGCUGGCUUCUGUCACUGAAUCUACACAGGUCAAUGUGCCCCGGUGCUUACCCUUCUCAGGAGUGGGGAAGGUGCGGCAGGCUGCAUGUGGUGGUACAGGCUGUGCUGUGCUCAAUGGGGAAGGACAUGUUUUUGUCUGGGGAUAUGGAAUUCUUGGGAAAGGACCAAACCUGGUAGAAACUGCUCUUCCAGAAAUGAUUCCACCCACUCUCUUUGGCUUGACGGAGUUCAACCCAGAAGUCGGUGUUUCCCGCAUUCGAUGUGGACUCAGCCACUUUGCAGCACUUACCAACAAAGGAGAGCUGUUUGUGUGGGGCAAGAACAUCCGAGGGUGCCUGGGGAUCGGUCGCCUAGAAGACCAGUAUUUCCCAUGGAGGCUGGCUUGGCCUUGUGGCUCUGGGCAUACCUGGAAUAUUUGGGGCAUCCAUUUCCAAGGUGACGAUGCCUGGGGAGCCUGUGGAUGUGGCGUGCGGUGUGGAUCACAUGGUGACGCUGGCCAAGUCAUUCAUCUGAAUCUCCUGCCUGACCUGCUGGAGUCUGGCCCUGGCCUCAGAACCACUCAGACUGCUUAGAGGCAGGCACGUGAAUGCCCAGCCAGGGUUCCUGUUUGGUGGCAGAUGGGGAUGAAGACCCUUUGUGGAGUGUGGCACUCUUUCCUAAAUCCUUGGUGGGCGUGUACUGAGAGCAUCUGGGACAAGGUCUCUACCUUAGCUGAGGACAGGACCUUCUGAAUUCAGCACAGGACUCUGCCUUCAUGGGCUGGGCUCCUGAGAUGCUGGGAUGGCCCAGGGUGGGGAAGUGAUUUACACAUCUCAGCUCUCUUCAGGUAACACGGGGCAGCUUUUGUUAUAAUCUUUGGCCCAAGACACCGUCUUCAGAAAGCUUAGCCUUCGUGGCAUAACAUUUUGCACUACCUUACAGGGGUCCCGGACAGAAUGUAGCACUCAGGUGGGCGUCUCUUUCCGCCUUGUCACAGCAGGCUUUCCCUUGGUUUGUAUCUGGCAGGCUGUGCGUGUGCCUCAGGCCAAGCUUUGGUUGCAGCUGAGGGAGCCAGGCUUUAGCCAAGUCGGUCUGCUCACAGCCCUUUCAGGUCAGCUCCCACACCGCAAGCUCACUGGCAGGACACAAGUCAGCAGCCUGAAAUACCUCAGACUAGGAUUCUCCAUGGAGCUGCCAGUGCACACCAUCCCAUCACUCAUGGGGCCCAUGGCUAUCUCCAGUGUGACCAUCUCACUGCCGGGCUUGGAAAAAUCGAGAAGCCCCUCAGAAAGAUUGAGGCCAAAUUCUUGUGGGCUGAGGGCAGUGAACAUGUCCAUAAAAGCUUGGCUGCAGUGCCCGCCUUGGAGAAGAAAGAUUCGGGGAUUGUGAAAAGCAUUUGAUUUAGUAGCAUGACUUGUCUUUUCCUUUAAAAACAUCUUUUAAAGAUCUCUUUGGAAUAAAGUCUAUUCUCUGCCUUUUGAUUUUUAAGAACUGAAGAGGUCCUUUUAUAAUUUGACUUGAUCAUUUAGAGAUUAGCUUUGAAAAACAAGGCUUUUGAUAAAGGGGCCAGUGAAAAAUACUUCAGAAGACAGUCUAUCUGAACAGAUUGUACUCUCCUAGUUCAGUUGGGAGAAAAUAUCUGGUGCUCAUAUCACAAACUGGGAUGUCACGUGCUGCCCACCUGGAAGGGGAGCCAUUCCUGUUACACCUUCACUCGGCACUUGGUGUGUAACCCUUAGGUGCCAGGUACAUUGAUCACUCUGGGCAUGUGGUGACAAGCACCCUUGCCCUGUGAAUCGACCAUUCCAGGGAGAGAAACAGAUGAUGACCAGUAAACUGCCAGGUGGGCUGGAUGGUUAUGUGGCCUGGGGAGAGAAAUGAGGAAGAGGGGUGGAGAUGUUGGAAGGGCUGCGCUUUAAAGAAUGAUAGUCACCAAGAAGGUGACGUCCUUGCCACAAUUUGGGUGUCUGGGGGAGCAGCCUUGUCAUGGCACCUGGGCCGUAAGCACAAUUCUUAGAUUUAUUCCUAAGUUUAUUAAAGUUUUUCCGUAAAUUUGAAAUAGAAAUUGAGAACUGUGUGUC